GAUCAUGGAAUUCGUUUCCAUGUUUCUCCUCGAUGCUCUUGUGAACACCUUGGCCGACACUUUGCAGGAUCACGUGUUCCAGGAGUUGCAGAAAGUGCAUCGCGUCGGCGACGAACUGGUAAAGUUACAGAAAUCCGUCUCCUCGAUUCAAGCCGUCCUGAGCGAUGCACAAGAGAGCGAGGAGACCAGGAACAUCGUGAAGCAACUGCUGAAUGAGCUCCGCGAUGUUGCGUAUCGAGCAAACGACAUUCUGGACGACGUCGCAACAGAGCAGCAGCGGCAGCAGUUGAUCAAUUAUGCACCGGUACGCAAUUUCUUUGGCCCUGUGAAUCUUAUGCGUCUCUUAUUUCAGCGAGAUGUAUACCAUAAGAUACAAUCGAUCGAUGAAGAGCUGGACAAAAUAGUGAAGAGAUGCCCCUUGAUCGCCUUAUCACCGCGCAAUAGAUCGCAGAGGACGCAUAGCUCCGAGUCCACCCCAGCGAUUCCUCCAUGCGUUCUCGGUCGCGAAAGAGAUAAGCAAAAGAUAAAAGAACUGCUCGUGCCAUUCAGUGGACGAACAGAUUCAGCUGCCUCGGUGAUUUCUAUCUUUGGGAUGCCUGGCGUCGGGAAGACGACCCUCGCACAACAACUCUUCGACGACGAAACUGUGAAGAAGCAUUUCGAGCUCAGACUCUGGGUUUAUGUGUCUCACGACUUUGACUUGAUGAGGAUUAUGAGGUGCAUGAUCGAGUCCAUAGAUGGAUUUAAGUGUGAUUUAACUAGCCUUAACAAUCUUCAGCAAGAAGUACGAAAGAAAGUGAGUAGAAGGAGGUACCUGCUUGUUCUGGAUAAUGUUUGGCAAGAAAGCCAGGAGUGGGAGAAGCUCAAAAGCUUCCUGUACUCAGCUGAUGAAGGAAGCAAGAUACUAGUGACGACUAAAAGUGAGCAGGUGGCUCGUUUCAUGGCGGCUAAUUCACCUCCUUACCACUUGGAGGGCUUAUCGAUGGAUGACUGCUGGUCUUUGAUAUGUCAGCAAGUAUUAUCCCGAAACCCAAGUGCAACAUUUACGCACGAUUUCUCUCAGUCGCAUGCUUUGAGGCGAUGCAUGGGUUUGCCCAUGGCAGCUAAAGCUUUGGGGGAAAGGCUAGCCAGAGAAGCUGACAGAAGCAAAUGGGAGGCGAUCUUGACCAGCCAGUCAUGGGAAUUUUCCGGCGCCGGCAUAAGUAUCACGGAAACUCUCAGCCUGAGCUACCAACACUUGCCCCACUAUCUGAAGCCGUGCUUUGAAUACUUGUCCAUAAUUCCGAAAGGCUUCAAGUUGGAGAGGGAUUUUAUCAUUCAAUUGUGGAUGGCGCAAAGCUUCAUCCGGCCGAAAGGGACAGAACACAUGGAAGACGUCGGCAGCGACUACCUCGACUCCCUCAGGAGUAGCUCAUUCUUGCAGUAUUCACAUUUCGAUCACAAGAGCCGUCGACAAAGGUACGUGAUGCAUGAUGUUUUCCAUGAAUUUGCCCGACAUGUUGCUGCAGAGGAAUGCUCUGUCAUGGAACCUAGCACGGAACCUAGCACGGAUUUGCAUCUCUCUCUCUCGGCGAGGGUUCGCCAUUUAUCGGUGAACUAUGAAGAAUUAGUAAGAAGAGUCCCUCGAGGCGGCGAUAUGUACGAGCAAGUGUACAAAUGCAAAGGCUUGCAGUCACUGCUACUGAUCGGCAACUCCACGAGUCGCCCAACAAUGGUCGUUCCUGACAAUCUCGCACAGAGACUCCGUAGCCUGCGCACUCUGAUGCUCACCAACUCGUGCCUUACUCAAUUGCCUGAAUCAAUCGGCGAUCUGAGCCACCUGCGCUGUCUCCAGCUACAGAACACAGGCAUAAAGAGAUUGCCUGAUUCUGUGUCUCGGCUCUACAACUUACAGACCUUGGGUCUCAGAAACUGUUACGAUUUGGAAGAGCUUCCAAAGGAUAUGAGUAAGCUGCGCAAUCUACGGCACCUAGAUCUUCAUCUAGAUGGCAAUUCACAAGGCAGCAACGCCGGUGGCAAAUUGAGACUCAUGCCGCCAGAAAUUGGAUUAUUAACUCACCUCCGGACACUGAGCAGGUUUGUUGUGAGUAAAAGGCAUGAGUGUGGUUUAUCUCAGUUGGAGAACUUGAACGAUCUCCGCAGUGAUCUUCUCAUCGAAAGGCUUGACCUCGUUUCCAGUGGGGAAGAUGCUAAGAACGCCAACCUAUGGAGCAAAGAACACAUUCACAGACUAGAGUUAACAUGGAACUACAGUGAUGUAACUGAAGCAUCUGCUAGCAGUGCAGGAUACAACAGUAGAGAAAACAUCCUAAAAUACCUCAGGCCUCAUAACAAACUGAAAGAGAUCGGAGUAGUCGGGUAUGGAGGAACCUUGCUGCCGACAUGGAUGGGGGAUUCUUCCUUGGAAAAUCUAGAAACAGUGUGGAUCUCCAAAACAUACAGUUGCCAGAAUCUCCCACCUCUCGGCCAAUUACCCAAGCUCAAGUAUCUAUUCCUCGAGGAAAUGCAUGGGCUGAAGCAUAUUGACUGUUCAUUCUGUGGCAGGAACGAGAUACGCUUCCCAAAGUUAGAAAAGCUACAUCUGGAGAACAUGUCAGGACUGCAAGAAUGGCUGGGGGAUCAUCGUUGUGCUUUGCCUUCUCUCCGUGAGCUCACUAUCAACAACUGUCCUGCACUGCAACAACUUACACAUGAACUCCCAUCUCUGACAAAGUUGGUGAUCGAAGCAUCCCCAUACUUUGCCGGCUUGCCAGAUUUCCCAAAACUCCAAUCAUUAGAAGUGAAGACCAAUGAUGACUGGAUUUGGAGAUCUUGUGCAACUAUUUCCUCGCUCCCCUCUCUCACUCUCAGUGGACUGAGAAGGGCAAACCUGCCCUCCGAGAUAAGUAGUUGUCAUUCCUUCAUCCGUCGGUUAGAGAUCAGUUAUUGCAGUCAGUUGAUAUUUAUUCCUGACGGUUGGCUACCUGCGUUCCUGUCGCACUUUGUCAUCAGACACUGUCCUAAGCUGCAAAAUCUACCUGCAGAGUUGACUAGGCUGACAAGGUUAGAGGAUCUGGAGAUAGAGAAGUGCGAGAAGCUCGAGCAACUUCCAUUUGGACUCAGGAACAUGAACUUACUUGCACAUCUUGAGAUCUCAGAUUGCCCCGGCCUCUCGUGGCUGCAUGGCCUCCCUAGAAACCUUCAGUUUUUGAGCAUCAGCAACUGCCCUGAGCUGAGCCAGAAAUUGCAAGAUCAAGGCUGGUUCACCCGUCGAAAGGAUCUCCAAGUGUGGAUAAAUGGUCACCGACUCGAUUUCAUGAAAAUUUCUCACUGAUAAAUCUGAAAAGCGCAAAUGGAUCCUGGCCCAACAUCACUGGUGGUUCGAACUCCAUAGUCGUUCAGAAAUAUCUAACGUGAAAUUCAAAACUUCGCUGCAUAAGAGCACGUCGUAUCUCUUACUGAAUGCAUGUCAGCUGGUUCAUGUCAUAUAUGUUCUCUAUUUCAUUUGUGUCUGUUUCACAUUUUGCUUGGAUAAAUGCACUGUUACUGCAUGCGAUGUUGCGAGAUUGUAAUGUUGCUUGGAUAAAUGCAUUAAGUUGUGUGUGUGUAAGUAUGGGAUGAAUUUCCAAUCUCUCUCUAGAU